GUCCGGCGCGUCCCCCGGGCCCCGCCGCCAGCAUGGGCGCGCUGGCCCGGGCGCUGCUGCUGCCGCUGCUGGCCCAGUGGCUCCUGCGCUUCGCCGCGGCGCUUGCCCCGGCGCCCUUCACGCUGCCCCUCCAGGUGGCCGCGGCCACUGGCCGCGGGGCUGCCCCCACCCCCGGGCCCGGGCCCCCCGCCAAGCCCCGCGCCGACGGCCUGGCCUUUGCCCUGGAACCCUCCGGGGGCGCGGCCAACUUCUUGGCCAUGGUGGACAACCUGCAGGGGGACUCUGGCCGCGGCUACUACUUGGAGGUGCUGAUCGGGACCCCCCCGCAGAAGCUGCAGAUUCUCGUUGACACUGGGAGCAGCAACUUCGCCGUGGCUGGUGCCCCGCAUUCUUACAUAGACUCUUACUUUGACACGAAGAGGUCCAGCACAUACCAUCCCAAGGGCUUUGAUGUCACAGUGAAGUACACGCAAGGGAGCUGGACCGGCCUGGUGGGGGAGGACAUCAUCACCAUCCCAAAAGGCUUCAACAGAUCUUUUGUGGUCAACGUCGCCACGAUCUUCGAGUCGGAGAACUUCUUUUUGCCUGGGAUUAAGUGGAAUGGGAUACUUGGACUGGCUUAUGCUGCCCUAGCCAAGGUCCUGGGUGGAAUUGAACCAAGUUUGUACAAAGGAGACAUCUGGUAUACCCCUAUCAAGGAGGAGUGGUAUUAUCAGAUAGAAAUUCUGAAAUUGGAAAUCGGAGGCCAGAGCCUGAACCUGGACUGCAGAGAGUACAAUGCGGACAAGGCCAUCGUGGAUAGUGGCACCACGCUGCUGCGCCUGCCCCAGAAGGUGUUCAAUGCCGUGGUUGAAGCCGUGGCCCGCACGUCUCUGAUUCCAGAAUUCUCUGAUGGUUUCUGGACCGGGUCCCAGCUGGCGUGCUGGACGAAUUCCGAAACACCUUGGUCUUACUUCCCUAAAAUCUCCAUCUACCUGAGAGACGAGAACUCCAGCAGAUCCUUCCGCAUAACUAUCCUGCCUCAGCUUUACAUUCAGCCCAUGAUGGGGGCUGGCCUGAAUUAUGAAUGUUACCGGUUCGGCAUUUCGCCUUCCAUGAACGCGCUGGUGAUUGGUGCUACCGUGAUGGAGGGCUUCUACGUGGUCUUUGACAGAGCUCGGAAGAGGGUGGGCUUUGCGGCAAGCCCCUGUGCAGAAAUUGCAGGUGCUCCGGUGUCUGAAAUUUCUGGGCCUUUCUCAACAGACGACAUAGCCAGCAACUGUGUCCCCACCCUGCCUUUGAAUGAGCCCAUUUUGUGGAUCGUCUCCUAUACGCUUAUGAGCGUGUGUGGCAUCAUCCUUCUUGUCUUAAUCAUCCUGCUACUCCUUCCGUUCCGGUGUCGGCAUCUCCCUCGAGACCCCGAGGUGGUCAGUGAUGAGUCCUCUCUUGUCCGGCAUCGCUGGAAGUAACGAGCAAAGCCGGGACUUGAUCAAUCUUGAACUCAGCUACUAAGACAAUUAAAUUUCAAGUGCAGCAGGCAGGGGUUAAAGGCAAGGUUCUUUCCAAUGUCCACUAGUCUUAAGUGUCUGUCCUGCUCUCAGAUGCCUUCCGCAGUCACUGUAUUUUGAUUCUUGAUUUUAAAGCUUCCUUCUUCUUCCCUACUUCCAACAAAAUGACAAUAAAAAACACCUCCUUCUAAACCAAAACAGUGAAUUGGGCUUCAGGCUUUAUGUGACUGGUAUACGAAACUGUCUAGGUGUGCCACCAAAUAAAAAAGCAAGAUGUGGCUAAUUCUCCUCCUUCCCGUCUCUGGAGAAAUGAGUGCAUAUAGUUUAUAACUCCUUGUAGCUAAUGGGAAACUUUGUGCAUUAAUUGCAUUUAAGGGUAUUUUGCACCAGGCCUCAACCCAGAUCCAAGUGGUACAAGAAGGCUCGCAAUGUCAUGGCAAGAGAAGCAGCCUGGGGCUUGGUGAUAUAACCAUCCUACCCCCUUCUCAGUUGGAAACAGAGCAGCAGGCCCCUUUUCUGGGUCUCUCUGUGGCCUGGAUUGGAAGAAAAAACUCCACUCAGAGGAGACCAUCACCCAAAGGUCCUCACCAGCCUCUUCUGAAGAUGGAAGACUUUCUGCCCAUCAUGGUGGAGUGGGAAGGAAGCCUAUUCUUUUGUAUUCUAUCCUUCUGUAGUAUUGUUGGUAUAAAAGUGAAAAAACUACCUCUGUUGAGACUCUGCCCAGGGUCCUGUACCUGGGUGGGGGUACAAACAGCCUGGGUCCAGCCGUUGCCCUCACCGAAAAGGAUCCUCAUUCCAACAGGCCAGACAGAAACAGGUGCUGAACCGCACACGAGAAGUUCUGUCGCCACGCUGAUCAUUAGCUUAUAUGCUUACUCUUACUUAAAAUUAAAAAAAAAGUGUUUCAGUGAGAAAAACAAAUUCCAUUUCAGUAGCUUAGUUGUUUCUUUUUCCAAGUCUUCUCCGAAGGUAGGUUGAUUGUUACCUUUUUGGGAAAUAGGGAAACGGCUAAAUGCCCGGGAAAGAAGAUGCAAGACCUACAGAGGAUUCGGCGGGAGCUUCUAGUUAUUCCCACGCCUUGAAAUCAUGUGUUUCCAUUUGCACAACCCCCCUCGAGUCAAGCACGCCCAUGUGAAUCAGCUUAAACAAAUAUGAUUUGUUGAGAGGUUGACCCACAUGUUUCUUCCCUUUGGCGUGUCCAAUCUUUGGUGCCGACGUGGGUUUGC